AUGUCUGUUGGCAACUUGUGUCGGUGGUUCCUGUAUCUGGUCUUCGUCUUCCUCCUCGGAGCCAUCUGCACCAGAGAAGCUCUGCGCUUUGACUUUUUGAUUGCUGAAAAGGUCUCCUUGCUGGGUUUCCUCUUCCUGCUGGGCCUCCACGUGUCCUGCCUGGCGUCUGCCAUGGCCGCCUUGUACGCCGCACCCCGGGUCCUGCAGUGUGUCGCUCACCAAGGGGUCGUCCCUGCCUUGGCCUUCCUGGGACCGGGGCGAGGUCCAAACAAGACUCCGGUGGCCGCCAUCUUUCUAACCAGCCUCCUGAGCAUGGCCUUCAUUUUCAUCGGCCAGGUCAACGUUCUGGCACCCGUGGUCACCAUCAACUUCCUGCUCACCUACAGCUUCAUCGACUACUCCUUCUUCUCCGUGACUAUGACCUCCCAGUUGCAGAAGGAAGACCGAAGCAACAUGGCCACGACCUGCCGACAGCCAGGGUCCAGCAGACGGAGCUGCAGGCCUCUGAUUGAGGGCGCCGCUCCAGACUAUGGCAGCAGAGGAGAAAGUCCACAGAGUAAAGGCACUUUGAUGGAGUUCACCAAGGACAUGGAUCACAUCUUUCCCUCGGUCUACAAUGGAGACGCUGGAUUUGAGCAGACUCUGCGAGGGCAAAGAGGCAGAGAGGCGACGGCCAAGCAGAAGUUGUUGAACAGCUUCGCCUUGGGACUCAAUAGCGAUCUGUCUGAAGAAGACCAAGCAAAUUCUCAGGAAGAACCCGAGGUGGGCCAAACCUGUAUCCCCCAUGUUGAACAAGAUCCUUCUUCUGGGCCUCACAGCGAAGCCCCGGGAAGAAAAGCGGAGCAGCAGAAUGAAAAAGUCGAACCCCGACCUGAGUCUCCCUACGCAAAGUUCAGCAACCACUGGCUAGCUCUUAUCGGUGCACUGAGCUCCUUGUUGAUCAUGUUCGUUAUUCAAUGGGUUUAUGCGCUGGCAAACAUCCUUGUCGCCCUGCUGCUCUUCUUCUACAUCGGCAAAACAAGUCCUGGACUACACAGAGGUGUUGCAGCUCCAUUCAGUUUUUUCACCUGGACGAACUCAACAUUAAACACCAUUUGCAGAAGAAGGGCGUCUCCCAGAGAUGAGACCGUGGUGACACCCUCGCUGUCAGGGCUCGGUCUUCAAACCAAGCAGCUGACCGAGGAAAAUGGCGACUUUGCAUCUCGCCGCCGCUACCACCAGUCCUCGUUCAUCAGGGCGGACGAUAUGGUGGUACCACCACAUGAGUAACUAAAACAUCAUGAUCGCUUUGGAGGAAUACUACUUUUUUUUUUUUUUGCAUGGUACAAAGUGUACUAUUAUCUAUUUAAAG